AGUAGCGGCCAUUUGGAUUGGCUUUAGGUGUGUUUGUGGAAUGAGAGGCCUGGGAUCGCUGUGGAGGGACAGUUGUGGUGAAUGGAUCCAGAAGGUCGAAAGUCGUUCUUCUCUCUGCACAGACGUAACUCUGCAGCUCUUUAACGGCGCCCGCGGCUCUUAACCCAGCUACCCCUCGUGGUCCCAUGGCGGCCUCCGCUCUGAGGUUCCCGGUUCAGGGCACAGUGACUUUUGAAGACGUGGCUGUGAACUUUACCCAGGAGGAAUGGAAUCUCCUUAGUGAGGCUCAGAGAUGCCUGUACCGUGAUGUGAUGCUGGAGAACCUGGCACUUAUAUCCUCCCUGGGUUGUUGGUGUGGAGUGGAAGAUGAGGAGGCACCUUCUAAGCAGAGUAUAUAUAUACAAAGAGAGACUCAGGUCAGGAUUCCUAUGGCAGGUGUGUCUCUUAAGAAGGUCCACCCCUGUGAGAUGUGUGGCCCUAUCUUAGGAGACAUUCUGCACGUGGGAGAUCAUCAGGGAACACAUCACAAGCAGAAACUGCACAGCUGUGAGGCCUGGGGGAAUAAAUUGUGUGACAGUGGAAACUUUCAUCAACACCACAAUGAGUACAUUGGAGAGAAACCCUACAGAGGCAGUGUUAAGGAAGCGUUUGUGAAGAGGUGUAAGUUCCAUGUGUCAGAGGAGUCAUCUGUCUUCAGUCAGAGUGGGAAAGACUUUUUGCCCAGGUCAGGAUUACUCCAGAAAGAGGCCAUUCACAUUGGGGAGAAGUCAAACAGAAAAACCGAGUGUGUGUCUCCCUUUCAUGGGGGAAAAACUCAUUACAGCCGUGGAGGAUGCAUGAAACAUUUUAGCACCAAACAUAUACUCAGUCAGCACCAGAGACUGCUCUCUAGAGAAGAAUGUUAUGUGUGGUGUGAAUAUGGGAAAUCCUUUAGUAAAUACAAUAGCUUCAGUAAUCAUCAAGGAGUUCAUGCUAGAGAAAAACCUUAUACAUGUGAGAUAUGUGGGAAAUUAUUUAACAGUAAGUCCCACCUCCUUGUUCACCAGAGAAUUCACACUGGAGAGAAGCCAUAUGAAUGUGACGUUUGUCGGAAAUUUUUUAGGCACAAGUACCACCUCAUUGCACACCAGAGAGUUCACACUGGAGAAAGGCCAUAUGAAUGCAGUGAUUGUGGGAAGGCAUUUACCCACAGCUCUACAUUCCGUGUUCAUAAGAGAGUUCACACUGGUCAGAAGCCUUAUGAGUGCAGUGAAUGUGGGAAAUCUUUUGCUGAAAGCUCCAGUCUCACUAAACACAGGAGAGUUCACACUGGAGAAAAGCCUUACGGGUGUAGUGAAUGUGAAAAAAAAUUUAGACAAAUCUCUUCACUUCGUCAUCAUCAGAGAGUUCACAAAAGAAAGGCCUUAUGAGUGCAGUGAGUCCAGUCUCAGUAAAUACAGGAGAGUACACACCUGAGUAAGAUCUUGUGAUUGCAGCAAAUGUGGAAAAUGUUUACCCGAAGGUCUGCUCUCCUUGGACAUUGGAGAGUUCACACUAGAGAAGAGUCCUUGUAAGUAAAAUAAAUUCGGGCAGUUUUGUAGCCACAUCUCUGUAUUCCUUCAGGAUUAUAUUUAACACUGAAUGAAGGCCUUACUAGUGUGACAAAUAUAGGAUAUUUAUCCAGAAGUCUGGCUUCAUAACUCACAGGAGAGCUGUCGUGGGAAGAUUGCUUGAACCUGGUAGGCAGAGGUUGCAGUGAGCCGAGAUCGCAACACUGUAGUUCAGCCUGGGUGACAGAGACCCUGUCUCUGUCUAAAAUAAAGAUAUAAAUGAUGUCCAAUAAAGUAUGCAUAUUUGAGCUGUAGGAUAAGUCUUGAAUGUCUUGAAUUUUCUUUUCUUUUUUUUUUGGAGAGAGAGUCUCCCUCUGUCGCCCAGGCUGGAGUACAGUGGUGUGAUUGCAGCUCAUUGGAAGCUCCGCCUCCUGGGUUCACGCCAUUCUGCGUCAGCCUCCCAAGUAGGUGGGACUACAGGCACCUGCCACCAUGCCCGGCUAAUUUUUCUGUAUUUUUAGUAGAGACGGGGUUUCACCCUGUUAGCCAGGAUGUUCUCGAUCUCCUGACCUUGCGAUCUGCCCGCCUCGGUCUCCCAAAGUUCUGCAAUUACAGGCGUGAGCCACUGCUCCUGGCUUGAAUUUUCUUAUAAUCCCAUGAAAUCAUCAUCAGAGUCACAAUAAUGAAUUUAAUCUGUCACCUUUGUAUUUACAUGAAAGCUUUAUAAAGUUUUUCUCUCUGCUCUCCAGACAACCAUUGAUUUACUCUGCUUUAUAUUUCCUGGAAUUUUCUGACUGAUGUAAUAAAGUGUUUCCUCUUAUAA